CAUUUGCAGAUCACCACAUAAAGCACAAUGUCCAAACUAGCAAACCGCGCCGACUGGGCCGACGACGAGGAGUUCGAUGACCCCUCCGCGCUCCCCGCGCAACAAGUCACAACGAACAAAGAUGGCACCAAGACCGUUGUGUCGUACCGCUUCAACGACGAGGGCAAGAAGGUGAAGGUCACCCGCCGGAUCAAGACCACCGUCGUGCGGGAACAUGUCAACCCCCAGGUUGCGGAGCGGAGGUCCUGGGCCAAGUUCGGUCUCGAGAAGGGCCACGCUCCCGGACCCUCGUUCGAUACUACCUCCGUCGGUGAGAACAUCGUUUUCAGACCCAGCAUCAACUGGAAGGCACAGGCCGCGGAGGCGGAGAAGAACGGCGGCGAGAAGGGCAGCAUGAAGGAUCAGCUCAAGGACAAGAAGGUCAAGUGUCGUAUUUGCAGCGGAGAGCACUUUACUGCCCGUUGUCCAUUCAAGGAUACCAUGGCGCCCGUCGACGAGCCUACCGGUGGCGCUGGUGGCGCUGGUGAAGCCGAUGAAGCAGCCGGUGCUGUUGGCACCGGAUCUGGCAGCUACGUGCCUCCUCAUCUCCGGAAAGGUGCUGCUGGCGGCGGCGAGAGGAUGGGUGGCAAGUUCGAGAAGGACGAUCUGGCGACUCUGAGAGUUACAAACGUAUCCGAGCUGGCGGAAGAAGGAGAACUCCGCGAUCUGUUCGAGCGCUUCGGCCGCGUCACCAGAGUCUUCCUCGCCAGAGACAGAGAGACCCAACGAGCCAAGGGCUUCGCUUUCAUCAGUUUCGCAGAUCGCAGCGACGCUGCACGCGCCUGCGAGAAGAUGGAUGGCUUCGGUUACCGCCAUCUUAUCCUCCGCGUCGAGUUCGCGAAGAGAACCACAUAAACCACCCACUCCGCAUACCAUUUCUUCUUCUCGUUCCGGUUUACGACACUUUUGGAUCUUUUCGUCAGGCGGGCUUCCUUCCUUCACGGCUGAGGAAUCUUUUCUUUGUAAUGUAUGAACUGAUCGAUAAUGAUGAUUACUGAAAGGCAUCCAAACCGUGUCAUUUACAUUUGCUGCUUGUCGAUUUCUACA